AUGGGUAAAUCAGUGUUCCUCAUCGGCCCUGGAUUCAUCGGAAAGGAGAUCCUUAAUCUUCUUAUCCAAGAGAACUACGACGUGACCGUGCUCGUACGUCGUGAAUCCGCAACCGCUGAAUUCCAAGCACAAAACAUCAAAUCGGUGCUGGGCUCCCUGGACGAUAAAGAAAUCAUCCAAAAGCAAGUGGUCGCCAGCGACAUAGUCUUCCACACAGCAACAGCAGACCAUCUCCCAUCCGCAGAAGCCGUCAUCGCCGGCAUCAACCAGCGCGCCAGAAACAAUCAGCACACGAUCUACAUCCACACAAGUGGUGCAAGCCUCCUAGCCGAUGAAAGCGCCGGUGCAUUUAAGAGCGACAAUGUCUUCGACGACGAGCGACCAGAACAGAUCGAUGCACUUCCUGACACCGCGCCGCACCGCCAGAUAGACCUAGCAAUUCUGCGUGGUCGUCAAACGCUUGUCAUGAUUCCACCAGUCAUUUACGGCGUCAACCAGCAAGACGGCCGACUGUCCAUCCAACUGCCAACCCUGGCCCGCUACUCCCUCAAGCACGGUUAUGCAGGCCAGAUCGGCGAGGGUCGUUCUGUGUGGGGCCAGAUUCACGUUAAGGACCUUGCGUACGGAUACAUGACUAUCUUACACUGGCUUGAAAGCACCCCUGCAGAGGAAGCCUUGAAGAAUCCGUACUGGUUCUGCGAGAAUGGUCAGGAGCUCUCCUGGCAUGAGUGUGCGGAGGUGAUCGGACAUGUUCUGCACCAGGCGGGCCGUAUCAGUGACCCUGUGCCUAGGACUAUUCCGAAGAGUAACUACGGUGAUGUAUUUGGUGAGUAUUCGAAUGCUGUUGCGGGAUCGAACUCGCGGAACCGGGCGAGUCGGUUGCGGAAGUUGGGAUGGGCGCCUGCGGAGAAAUCGACGUUUACGUCGCUGGCGGAGGAUGAGAUUCCGUUGAUUUUGGAAGAGAAGGGGGGUUUUGAAGGGUAUCAGAAGGCGGUUGCUUCAUGA